UAACAUCGCAAAAUACGCGGGAAACUCUAUAUUGGCGGAUAGACAACAACACAAAGGUACGGUAGCAGUGAGGGGUCGGAAUAACGGGAAAAGAAGUCAGAUGGAGGAAAAAUAGUCAAUUUAUCAUGGAAAACUUCCAGAAAAUCGAGAAAAUUGGCGAAGGAACAUAUGGUGUUGUCUACAAAGCUCGUGAUAAGACAACAGGUCGCCUGGUAGCCCUAAAGAAGAUUAGGCUGGAUGCUGAAUCUGAGGGAGUACCAAGCACAGCAAUUCGAGAAAUUUCCUUAUUGAAAGAGUUGGAUCACCAAAGUGUCGUGAGGCUCCUAGAUGUGGUCCACAGUGAGAAGAAGCUGUACCUGGUGUUUGAAUACCUUAACCAGGAUCUCAAAAAGUACAUGGAUAGCUGCCCACCAUCAGGACUCGCUUCCUCCCUGAUCAAGAGUUAUCUACACCAGCUUCUAAAAGGAGUUGCUUACUGUCAUUCCCAUCGAGUGCUACAUCGUGACCUGAAGCCACAGAAUCUUCUCAUAGAUGUUGAAGGCAAUAUCAAGCUGGCUGACUUCGGGCUGGCUAGAGCAUUUGGUGUGCCUGUCAGAACAUACACACACGAGGUAGUAACAUUGUGGUACAGAGCACCAGAGAUCCUUUUGGGCAGUCGCUUUUACUCCACACCUGUAGAUGUCUGGAGUCUUGGAGGAAUAUUUGCUGAAAUGAUAACCAGACGUCCCCUGUUUCCUGGAGAUUCUGAGAUUGACCAGUUAUUCAGAAUAUUCCGCACCUUAGGUACACCAGAUGAGAACACAUGGCCUGGUGUUUCACAGAUGCCCGACUACAAAUCCACUUUCCCCAAGUGGCCACAACAGUGUGUGUCCAGUGCUGUACCAAACCUCCUUGGGGAUGGGCUGGAACUGCUACAGCUGAUGCUGAAAUAUGAGCCCAGCCAGAGGAUAUCUGCCAAAUCUGCCUUGCUACAUCCUUACUUCAAUGGAGUCUGCAAGCAAAGGCCUCCUCAGGUCCUCAAAUAGACGCCUUCCCGUUACAACAUUUUACAGUGUAAUCAAAAAUAUAAAGAUAUAUGCAAGUGUUUUGACUUGAAAGUGAAUUAAUAGGUCCUUGAAAUGAUGUUCAAGAGUCCUUAAUCAUCCACAAAUAUGACUUCUGUCUUAUAAAUGCUGUCAAAGUCUCAUCCAUGGACAUAACACUAAUAUUAUGCCGAUGUGUUUGCAACGACCAAAGUUUUUAGCGAAAUUUUUUACUCCAAGAAUUCUUGAACGACUGUUUCAUGGUUACUUGUGCAAUAUUGAUGCCUGUUAAAGCAAAUAUGUGGUUAAAAAAACAACCAUUCAAUACCUUGAUGAUAAUUCAAAUAAUUUUGAAAUAUUGUCUGUUGCUGCGAAAUAUUUGUUAGUACUGGGGUAUAUAUAUAUCGGAAUGUAUUGACUUUUGAUGUGAAUUUAAUUGAUAUUUUUGUAAUUGGUUUAACAGGUUUAGGGGGGAGGGAUGCAGUUGUUAAGGUGUUAAGUUUUUAAUAAAAAAUUGAAAAUUGUUAUAUGUCCCUACCUCUGUAUGCUUGUCUGCUCAGUGAUUGAAAUGCACCAAAACAUACGCUGUUUAGGUUCAACUUGACCUCAUGUUCCAAACCCAGAAAAAAAAAGUUA